CCGAAAAAGAAGAGGAGCAGGAAGUAGGAAAUAGACGCUGAUUUUUGGUGUCAUGGAGACGGUUGAUUACUAUGGUUGUUUGGAUCUAUGCAAGAGAACUUAAAAUAAGUAACAUAAGUUAUUAAUUACUGGUGAUGCAUUUAAAGCAUCACUCGUUUAUUUCUCAGCCGCUGUUUUUAUAGAAGGCCAUAUUCGUUGGUUUUUUAUUAAAAAAACAGCUCUCAAUAUGUUAUUAAGCAAAAUGGAGUGUUUAACAAUAGUUAGAAACAUUAAAUGAGUUUUUUUUUCCUGAAUAGGUUUUUUGAUAAUUAAUUUUCUCUCCAAUAAAUGGCGACUUGGCUUUGGUGUAACGUGGUGCCGUUUUCUGCGGUUUUGAUUGCGAAUUGGUUCGGGACUGUUGUUUUGCAGACGACGUUUUCUGAACCUAGGAAUUCGACGGGAUUUCCAUGGCCGGCCGAGGACUCCGUUAACUUUACAGCCACGGAUACCACUUUCACGACUUAUACUGCAACCCCUGAGACAAUGUCUGCGACGAGUGCACAACCAAAUUCAACUCUUGCCGAUGGCAACACUAACUCUACAUUAUUACCAACUGAUAACAUUACAAAUUCUACAUUAAUGUCAACUGAUGCCACCACAAAUGAGACAUUACUAACUGAGGUCGCUGCAGGUUCUACGUUAAUACCGAGUGACGCUACCACAGAUGCCGGAUUAAUAACAACUGAUGUUCCCAUAAAGAGAACUAUAGGCUGUUCAUGUGAUAUUAGCCCACAGUUUUGUGAUAUUGGUUGCUGCUGUGAUUUUAUCGACUGUGGUGUCAGUGACCUGAAUACGGUCUUCAGUGGCUGUGAGACUGUGGAGAGUUAUGCUGUGUGCAUUGAGAGUUGGCUGAUGUUCAGAGGGAAUGUUGACCCCAGCCUCAUAGCUGUGAAUGAAACUUUCUUCUGUGUAAAAAGUCUAGAAGAUAACCUGACAAUCCAGCAGAGUCGUCCUGCUCUUUCAUGGCUCCCAGAGAUACAGGAUUUCUACUCAUUCGCUGAACAUAGAGUUCAGUCUUCCAGCCCUGCAGCUAGAGCUUUCUACAAGGCUGAUGAUGUCAUCUUAACCUAUUACAAUAGCUCAUCAUUAUUGGGUGUAUUCAGACAGCCAUCACCAGGAGCAGGCACUGAUUCGUGUGUGGACUGGAACCCUGGGAGAUUCCUGCGCUCCCUCUCUUUCUCCUGUUCCCGCUCCCUGACUGCACAGAGCUGUCUCACAGACCCCAGUCUUAAUGCCCGCUCUUACUUCUCUGGAAUCAGUCUGCUAAAGGCCCCAUUCUCUCAGAACGUCUCCCUCCAUGGAUUUACAAUACCAGUUGUUCCACUGUCAGAAUGGCCAGAACCAAGCAUCCAGAAUGGUUCCUGUUUGAACGUGGUAUCAAAGGUGCAGCACAUACUUCAGUACACUAGCAGCGGUACCAUUAUCAAGGUGACCGUGAAUGUGACCCUAACAGACAGCAACAUGGACCUGCAGCUGCUGCAGCAGCACAACGUUACCUAUCAGUUAGCCACACCUUCUGCUACACGUGGACCUACUGCAACAGUAGGACUGAAGCCAGGAGCUUCUGUGAUCGCUCGCUUCACUGACAGGGUCGAACCUUUAACAAUCCAAGGCAUAUCUCCGGGAGGCGAGUGUUCCAGUUCUCUUCUUAGCAGGGCUGUGAUCCUCUUCCCACAAAACUACAUUACUGGAUGUGCCUACAGCUCCUUUUCACGCAGCUGCUCAGAGCUGCGCUCCCAGCUGUAUCAGAUUCUUCGGGGCACUUCGACCCCCACUUUUGUGGCUAUGAAUGCAGGGACCCAGCCGAACUGGACAGGAGUGAUUACUCAAGACUGCUUCAGUAGUCCUCCUGACGACUCCUGCGAGUCAGGCUGCCUCCUGCCACUGUCUCUCUCUGUCCAGCUGCUCUGGGCCCAGCGGGGACUCCUCUCUUUACCGCAGAGUCAAAUAUUAGGGGCUAAAUUCCUGUUUCGCUGUAAGGCAGUCCAGUGCCCGCUCACCACCCCGCUUACUGUGAUGACCGAGGUGACAUUUUCUGAUGCCACAAUCUACCCAGUGCCCCCCAGGGGCCAGCCAGAGCCGGAUUGGAAAGUCCCCUUCGGCUUCUUUUCCCGAGGGGCAGAUGAGCAGGAAAACAUGCCGGUGCUGAACUGCUCUGGAUACACUGAUGCAUUGUGGUUAUGUACACUGUGGGCUGUAGGUUUUAUAUUGUCUGCGGUACCGUAGAGCCGGUAUUGACGGGAGCCCUUCCCUACACAGCACUGGUAAAGGUAGUCGGUAAUGUAUGAUGGAUAGACUUGGAUGAUCUGUGCUGGCACUUAGACUUGAGAAAUGCAAAACAGAGCAUGACUUACAUCUGUCAUUGACAGGAAGUCACCCAUAGGCAUAGCAACAUUUUCAAAAUGGCACCAAAGAUUUUUUUUUAAUAGAAUAAAUUUAUUUUCUCCUAUUGUA